AUGCACCUGCACUGCACUUCCUCUUCCCCGCUGCCCACGUUUCUCCUCCCCCAUCACUUUCUUGCCUCACCUGCACCUGCCACCGUUCAUCACCUCUCCUUACCAGGCCUCACCUCCCUCGACCUUUUCCCUUUCCUUCCACUCUCCCCUCUUCUCUCCCUAACACAUGCUCUCCGCUCGUCUCUCUUCCUCCCUUGCUCGCCCCUCCCCGCCCCCCAGUGGUGGCGUGCAUGCCGUGGCUGCCCCACCCCCGCCUGCACCUCUCCUCUGCGCGCCCUCGCGGGGCGCCUGCCAGAGGCAGCGGCUGUGCUGGAGGGGCCUGGGGGGGGCGAGCAGCGGGGGGGCGAGGGGCAGCAGGAAGGGGCAGAGGCAGCACAGGGAGGAUCUCAGGGGGGGGCUUCUGCUGCCACACGCUCUUCUGCCAUUCCGGAGGGCAGCGCAGUGGGUGGGGCAGGCGAGGGGGCGGGGGGGAGGAGGGGCGGGGCGGUGUGGUGGAAGCUGGUGGAGGUGCGACUGGCCAGGGCGUACCUGUGGGACAAGGCUGACAAUGCCAGCAAGUUCCUGGAAGUUGCGCUGCCCAUGGUGUCCCAGUCUAUGUGGGCGAUUGACAAGAAUGAGCGGAUUCUGGCGGCCUUUCGGGCGGCGCACCCGUGGUGGAGGGGGUGGAUGAGGCAGCUGAAGGCGCUGCUGGGCGAGCAGGCGAGGGAGGGCAAGGAGGGGCUCUACCGCGGCCUCAAGCUGCGCCUGCCCCGUGGCAUCGCCUGCCAGCUGGCGAAUCGGCGGCGCCUGGCCCGGCUGGCAGCAGAGGAGGCGGAGAGGCAGGCGGCGCUGGGGGAGGGGAGGGACGCGGGGGAGGGGGAGGGGGGAGCAGGAGGAGAGGGGGCGGGGAGGGCUGGUGGUGGUCGAGGGGGGAUUGGCACGGACUCAGUGCGGCUGCAGCUAGAGGUGAAUGGGCUGAGCGACUUGGGGCUGAAGGACGUGGACGAGCCCGCGCUGCACGAGGUGCCGCUUCCUGGAAUCUUCUCAGACGACCAGCAGUUCGCCCUGCUGCUCAAGGUGGUGCAGGCUCUGCUGCACGAGGGCCGCCCCAUGGAAGCUGAGCGCCUCGUCGAGACCGCUCUUUCCCGGAACCUUCCCAAGCCCAUGCGGAAGCAGCUGCAGUCAGCCAUUGUUGAGGAGGCGAGUGGCAUGCUGCAGUUCAAGGUGGCGAGGGCCAUCAUCAGCGAGCAGCCUCACAGCAUCCGCGGCUGGUCGCUCUUCCACUCCCUCACCCUCCGGGGCACGGAGAGCAACGACCGGCGGGCCAAGUUCCUGCAGCAGAUGCGCAUGCGGCACCCGGCGUGCGUGGCAGCAGUGCUGGUGUCGGGCCACCACCACGCGCUGCGCGGCCACAUGCAGGGCGCCUGCCGCGAGUACCUGCGUGCCCACCGCCUGCAGCCCCACGACCCCCUCAUCUGCCUCUGCUGCGGAGUGGCGCUGCUGAAUCUCUCCCUGGGCUCGCGCCUGCGUGACCGCAGCCAGUGUGUGCUGCAGGGCAUGGCGCUGCUGCAGCAGUACGCCCAGCUCUCAGGCGACACUCAGCAUGUCCUGUUUGGUUCCCUGUUGCGCAUGUCAGGAAGUGCAUUUCAACUUGGGUCGUGCGUUCCACCACGUGGGUCUGCUGCACCUCGCCGUCGACCACUACAAGCACGUUCUCUCCUCAGCCACUUCACACCGGCACCCUGCCCCGACCGAGCAGCCGGGAUCGAGAAUUCGCAGAAGCAGGGAUCUCAAUAA